AUGAUAUUCAUAAAAUGCUUUCUGCCCAAAGCGAAUGGAUCAAGUGCCCCAUUGCCUCCCGGACCAACGCCUCUACCACUGGUCGGGAAUCUGCGCGACCUACCUUCGCCUGGCACCGAGGAGUGGCUGCACUGGCUCAAACACAAGGAUCUCUAUGGUCCACUCAGCACUGUUCAGGUGUUCGGCCAACGUCUAAUCAUCCUUAAUGAGGCGCAACUCGCCGUUGACCUCUUGGAUAAGCGGUCUGCCAUCUACUCGGAUCGGCCGGAUAUGCCCUUUGCGAGAUUAGCCGGCUGGGGAGACGGCAUUGUAUUGCUUGAGUACGGCAAACGGUUUCAUGCAUACCGCAAGCAUAUGCACCGCGAGAUCGGCUCGAAGCUCAGUGUGGCGCGGUUCAACACCGUUCAAGAGACCGAGGUCUCUCGCUUUUUGCUUCAGUUGAUGGAUAAGCCGCAGGGGUUGGUAUCGCAUGUAAGAAAACUUGCAGGGGCCGUGAUUUUAAAAAUCGCCUACGGUUAUUCCAUUGACUACCAGGGAACAGAUCCCCUCAUUGAUCUCGCGGAAGAAGCAAUGGAGCAGUUCUCCCUUGCUGUCCAGCCGGGGAAAUGGCUGGUGGAUAUGCUGCCAAUAUUAAAACAUAUCCCGGCUUGGUUCCCAGGCGCCGGUUUCCAACGAACCGCCCAACGCUUCCAGAAACACAGCAACGCCCUGGCGGAUGUUCCAUUCGCGUUUGUGCAACGGCGCAUGAAGCAGCCGGGCUUUGAGACAUCCUCGUUUCUCUCCAAUCUUCUGCGAGACGAGCGUAUAGCGCCCGGAUCCGCAGACGAGGUCAAUGCCAAGUGGUCUGCUGGAUCGCUGUACGGUGGUGGUGCUGAUACGACGGUCUCAACUAUCCUUUCAUUCUUCCUUACAAUGGCUCUCUUCCCCGACGUACAGACACGCGCGCAGGAUGAGAUCGAUCGCGUUGUUGGGCGCGAUCGACUACCCGCAUAUGCUGAUCGGGAGAGCCUGCCCUACGUCGACGCUCUCGUGAAAGAGGCCUUGCGCUGGCAUCCUAUCGGGCCGAUGGGCUUACCUCAUAGAUCCACAACAGAUGAUGUCUAUAAUGGUUAUCUCAUCCCCAAGGGCUCGCUUAUUCUUCCUAAUAUCUGGGCAUUCUGCCAUGACCCCACCUCAUACGCAAGCCCCAUGACUUUCAACCCCUCACGGUUCCUAGGGGCAACCCCCGAGCCCGAUCCCCGAAACUACGUCUUCGGCUUUGGCCGCCGCAUCUGUCCCGGGAGAGUGCUAGCAGACUCCAAUAUCUUCCUUACCAUCGCACAGACUCUCGCUGCGUUCCGGAUCGGUAAGAUGGUCCGCGAGGGAAAGGAGGUGCCCAUUAGGUCGCAGUAUACGCCCGGCACGAUUAGCCAUCCUCUACCGUUUGAGGUUCGUAUUGAGCUUAGGGAUCAGGGGUAUGAGGGGGUUAUUCGCUCGAUCGAAGAAAGGUUUCCGAGGGAUAGGAACGAUGCGGAGGUUCUGCGCGGUAUUAUUAAGGAGGAGGGGUUGGGAAAGUCGUGA